CAUUUUUUUUCCCUAUUAAAUUGCUCAACCAUUAAAAAGGUGAAUAAAUUGGAAAGUCCCCAAAUACUCUCUCCCCUCCGUCCCCGUCUACGACCUUCCCUUUUUUUUUUUCUUGAAGUGGAAUAAGCAGUACUUUUGCUAAGUGAUCUUCAAGCCGAAACUCGGCUAGGCGCCCCAGGACUUCCUCCGGAUAGCAAAGCUGGAUUUUUGAGCAGCACCACCUGCCGGGCCUACACACGUUUUACUUCCUCCACCCCAAAUCUCUCUCUGCUGGAACUGCAUUCUUUCAGCGCCUCUGGGCCCUAAUACAAACAAAGCACACUCUAAAGCAGCCAGAAGAAUCCAAGAAGCGAAGUCGCCAGUCCCCACAAGCAAGAGAGUGCGUGCAGGCAACGACGCGAUGCAGGGACAGAAAUAUGAGGCGCCGGAGCCAGCUCGCGGGUGCGCGGCACGGCUUCCGCCCCGCGCGGCCCCGCCUCCGUGACGCGCCGGGUGGUCACGUGACGGCCGCGCGCGUUCCCGGCCGCUGCGGGCUCCGAGGCCAGAGAGAAAAGACUGCGAGGUGGCCGCAGCUGUAGCCGGAGAGGUGGGAGUCGGAGCCAGGCCCUCUCGGGGGAGCAGGGUGAACGCUGGUCACUCCAGGAUCCUCGCUCGGGGAGAGGAGGCAUAGCUCGCGGUGUCACCUCCAGCCACAACGUACUCCGGGUUGGCCUUGCGCUCGGGGCCUGAGAGGGGCGGCGGCGGGGUCAGGGGCCGCAUAAAGAAUGAACCAGCAGUGGAAGAGAAAAUAACUGCAAGCUGGCUGACUGCUGAUGAAGAAAAUGCUUUAUUUUUAUGGCAGGCAUCUGUGGGAUCUGUAAUAGAAAUAUUUCCAAGUCUCCUCAGAGGGAAAAAUCUCUGUAAGAAAAACUGAAGACACAGGAGUUUGCUCAUAGAAGGCUAAAAUACUGAAGAGAUCUCCAGGUCUAGGUACUGGUCAUCAAGGAACUUACUAUGAUCCAGUAAAUGAGACAUGUAUGUAAUUAACAAACAGUGGAAUAGAUGCCAUAUUAAGGUAACAAUAAGAUGCUAUUGAAACUGAACAGAGGGAGAUAUUAAUUUCAUCUGAACGGUUCAGAGUGAACAGAACAAAUAUUGGAGUAAUUCAAGAUUCUGUGGCUGGCCUUUUUGACUGCUCUCUCUACAGGUUUAAUUUGGGCAUUGACUCAUUUUCAUGGCUCCAAGGACCAUGUAUGUGUUGGAUGGCUGGUUGUGGUGAAAUUGAUCAUUCAAUAAACAUGCUUCCUACAAACAGGAAAGCGAACGAGUCCUGUUCUAAUACUGCACCUUCUUUAACCGUCCCUGAAUGUGCCAUUUGUCUGCAAACAUGUGUUCAUCCAGUCAGUCUGCCCUGUAAGCACGUUUUCUGCUAUCUAUGUGUAAAAGGAGCUUCAUGGCUUGGAAAGCGGUGUGCUCUUUGUCGACAAGAAAUUCCCGAGGAUUUCCUUGACAAGCCAACCUUGUUGUCACCAGAAGAACUCAAGGCAGCAAGUAGAGGAAAUGGUGAAUAUGCAUGGUAUUAUGAAGGAAGAAAUGGGUGGUGGCAGUACGAUGAGCGCACUAGUAGAGAGCUGGAAGAUGCUUUUUCCAAAGGUAAAAAGAACACUGAAAUGUUAAUUGCUGGCUUUCUGUAUGUCGCUGAUCUUGAAAACAUGGUUCAAUAUAGGAGAAAUGAACAUGGACGUCGCAGGAAGAUUAAGCGAGAUAUAAUAGAUAUACCAAAGAAGGGAGUAGCUGGACUUAGGCUAGACUGUGAUGCUAAUACCGUAAACCUAGCAAGAGAGAGCUCUGCUGACGGAGCGGACAGUGUAUCAGCACAGAGUGGAGCUUCUGUUCAGCCCCUAGUGUCUUCUGUAAGGCCCCUAACGUCAGUAGAUGGUCAGUUAACAAGCCCUGCAACACCAUCCCCUGAUGCAAGCACUUCUCUGGAAGACUCUUUUGCUCAUUUACAACUCAGUGGAGACAGCAUAGCUGAAAGGAGUCAUAGGGGAGAAGGAGAAGAAGAUCAUGAAUCACCAUCUUCAGGCAGGGUACCAGCACCAGACACCUCCAUUGAAGAAACUGAAUCAGAUGCCAGUAGUGAUAGUGAGAAUGUAUCAUCUGCAGUUGUUGCACAGCACUCCUUGACCCAACAGAGACUUUUGGUUUCUAAUGCAAACCAGACAGUAUCCGAUCCAUCAGAUCGAUCGGGAACUGAUCGAUCAGUAGUAGGGGGUGGAACAGUGAGUGUCAGUGUCAGAUCUAGAAGGCCUGAUGGACAGUGCACAGUAACUGAAGUUUAAAUAAAAAUGUCUUCAGCUCCAUGCUCAAGGUUGAAAGGGUUACCUGUAAAUUUCUGCCCACAUAACAUUAUACUCAUCCCUAGUAGUGCAUUUUGGGAGUUGGGGUGGGAAGGGGUAUGGGAAGGAUAGACCCAUAAUCAAAAUGUCUAACAUGUCUCUGUUGAGAAAUUUAUUUAAUGUAAGGAACUUGGGUGUUAAUAGUUGAGAGCUGUUUAGUAAUAACCCAGUUUUCUUGAGGUCUGUUUACUUUAUAGUUUUUAAAAACUUCUGUAGUUCUUUUGGCCAGUGUGUUUGUAUUAUCUGUGCAUUAAUGGUCCUCAUCUGACUCCUGCAUUGUGUCUUAUUUUUCUGCAUGGAUUGGCAUAAGACCAUUACUAAAAUUUGGCACCUGUGAGAUGUUUGAUAUUAUGAGCAGGAAGCAUAAUUUAAUGUAAGAAUAGAUGUGAAUUUGGGAUUUCAAAAUAGAUGAAUAACAACUAUUUUAUAGUAAAGUUAUUGAUAUGGAAAUGAAAACAGCCAGUAACUUAUGUUUCAGAAUGUUUGUAACACACUUCAUGGCGUUCCCAUAGGCUUUGCUGUCUAGUCUUAUAGUUUGAGGUUUUUCUGGUCAGCAUUUUUCUUUUUGAUUACAAAAUUUAUAAUUUAAUAAAUACCAGAGUUUAUCAAAAACAAUUUGUCUCUUGUUUGAGUGUGGAAAGCAUGUGGAAACAUUUUGACAUUUGUGACCAAAGGUCACUUAAAAAGUGGUGGUUUUAAUUGGUUGUUUUCAGCUUUAAAUCACCUGUCCAGAAGUCUGAUUUUUUUUCUUAAGAGAUUAUUUAAACAGAACCUAUAGGCAGUGUGUAUAUAAUAAAUAUAUAUGGAAAUAAAA